UGAAGAAACUAUCCCUCCCCUCCAUCAAGACGCACAAGACUCUGAACCAAAGGAUAUCUUGGCCUCCCUACAGAAGCUGAUUAUUCGGAUCUAUGUAAUGAUUUAUCCCACACCAUGAUCCCAUAUUGAUACGAAACUUAGAAAGAUUUAGUCAAUAAGUGGAUAGAUUUGUUCAGGGACAUCUGCGUUGGCGUCAAACAUGCGCAAAAAUUCACGCUAUCAAAGCAGAGAAUCACCGUAAACGGAAUGAUCGUUUCUCACGUGAAGUCACCCUGAUUGUUUGUUUUUAAAGGAAGCGACAAGCAUACCGACUCCGAAAAUAUCCGCAACCAAGAGACCGAAGUGGAAACGAACGCUGACAUCCUCAGUAUAUCUGGAAAUGUUCACAUAGGAACUUCUCCUUUGCGUGCCUGAGCACCACCAUUGUGGCGAGAAGGAAACGAGCAUCUGCUGCGAGUGUGUCUGAAAGAUUCGCAAGACGGUGUCCUGAGCCAUGGGGGCCUUCUUGGACAAACCGAAGACAGAGAAACACAAUGCUCAUGGGGCGGGCAACGGUCUGCACUUUGGCCUUAGCAGCAUGCAGGGCUGGCGGGUAGAGAUGGAGGACGCACACACGGCCGUAGUGGGUCUGCCGCAUGGCCUGGACGACUGGUCCUUCUUUGCGGUGUACGACGGUCACGCUGGCUCCCGUGUGGCCAACUAUUGCUCCAAACACCUGCUUGAGCACAUCAUAACCAGCAGCGAGGACUUCCGUUCAGGCCCCGACUCUGUGGAGGGUGUUAAAAGCGGCAUUCGUUCCGGUUUCCUGAAGAUCGACGAGUACAUGCGCAACUUCUCGGAUCUACGUAAUGGCAUGGACCGUAGCGGCUCCACGGCGGUCGGUGUGCUGGUGUCCCCCGAGCACCUCUAUUUCAUCAACUGUGGAGACUCCCGUGCCGUGCUAAGUCGUGCCAGUCAGGUCCGGUUCUCCACGCAAGACCACAAGCCGUGUAACCCACGUGAAAAAGAGCGCAUUCAGAACGCAGGAGGUUCUGUGAUGAUCCAAAGGGUGAAUGGUUCUCUGGCUGUGUCACGCGCACUGGGGGACUAUGACUACAAGUGUGUGGAUGGAAAGGGCCCCACUGAGCAGCUGGUAUCUCCGGAACCGGAGGUGUUUGAAAUCCCACGCGUUUCAGAAGAGGAUGAAUUUGUGGUGCUCGCCUGCGAUGGCAUCUGGGACGUGAUGAGCAAUGAGGAGCUGUGUGAUUUUGUGCGUUCUCGGCUCGAGGUGUGGGAUGAUUUGGAGAAGGUCUGCAACUCUGUGGUGGACACCUGUUUACAUAAGGGAAGCCGUGACAACAUGAGUGUUGUUCUAGUAUGUUUCCCCAAUGCACCGAAGGUAUCAGAGGAGGCUGUCAAGAGAGAGGCCGAGUUGGACAAGUUCCUGGAGGCUCGUGUGGAAGAAAUCAUGGAGAAGUCAGGGGAGGAAGGCAUCCCAGAUCUAAGCCACAUCAUGCACAACCUACGCCCUGAGAGUAUCCCCAACCUGCCACCUGGAGGUGGUCUCGCUAGCAAACGUAGUGUAAUUGAAGCCGUUUACAACAGGCUAAACCCACACAGAGAAGAAGAUGGGGACAGCCAGGGAGGAGCAGCCGGCGGUGAGGACGAAGAAGAAGGCAGCUCCGCCGCCGCCCAACUGCUGGAGGCGCUGCGACAGUUCCGGCUCAGUCACCGGGGCGAAUACCGCCAAGUGCUGGAGCAGGCGCUCUCCACUUACCGGCUGUCCUGUGGGACGGGUGCCACGUCACGGACCGACCCCCAGGAGGAACCUCGCUCACCCCCACCGUCCCCGGCCACUGAACCCCUCGGUUCUGAGGAGGGACAGGACGAAGCUGCCACGUCGCCAUCUCUGGACAAGAUCUCUGACGCCCCCACUGCAUGACCCUAAUUAGGACCCACUAAACCCAGCCCUGCUAUAUCAAACCCUUUUCCCCAGAUUGCUAGGUUGCUUUUGGCAAUGUUCCUCCUUAGAGCAGUUUCAGUGCAGGUUUUUGGUUGUCUUUAUGGAUUUGUAAUAACACUUUGGGUGUUUUUGUUUGGUUGGUGUAGUGAAGCUCUGCACACAGUAAAAGUCGCAUACAGAGGAAGUUUUGCGCAAAAUUCUAAUCACUAAAAACCUGCUCUGCAACUGCAAGUGAGGUUAACCUUGGCAUAUCCCAGCUCUGUCUGCAGUAAGCACUUUCUUGUAUCUCUGCACUUAGCCUAGUGUUUUUAAAAUGAGACCUGGAUGUGUAAUCUAUUGAAGGGUUGAAAGGAUAGUUCACCCAAACGUUAAAAAAAUUCUGUCACUUAGACACACUCAUGUCAUUCCUAACCAGUAUGACUUUGUUCUAUGGAACACAAAAGAAAAUAUUUUGGAAAAUUGUCUGUUUAGUUUUUAGUUUUGUUUAGUGUUUUGUUUUUGUUGUUUAGAGUUUUUGUUUAGUGUUUUUGCUUAGUGUUUUUGUUUUUGUUUAGUGUUUUUGUUUAGUGAUUUGUUUGGAUUUCUUUUGAUUUUUUUUUUUUUGUUUUGUUUUUUUGUCCACAUAAUGAGUCAUGUUUUGGUAUCAGUGGCUUUCAUUGCAUAGAUGAAAAACAUUCUUAGAAAUAUCUUUCUGCAGAAGAAAGUCAUGCAGGUUUAUAAUGACUUGAAGGUGAGUAAAUGAUGAGUUUUCAUUUUUGGGUGAUCUGUCCUUUUAAUGAGAUUUGAAUACUGUCACACACGCCUGAAUGAUUUGACCAUGACCGUUUCACACCCAAAGAGUUUACCCAUGUAAGUAGUUUGGAGUGGGAAUGGUUUAAGUGGGCAAUCUGGGCUGUGCCAAGAAUACACAAAACUGUUUGCUCUCGUGCCAUGCGAUGCAUGUGUACUCCUUAUCCUGGGUUGUCUCGUGGUUGAUCAUAGUUAUAGGAUAUUAACGUACUGUAGUAAACAUCAGGUACAGCUUGAUUUGUUCUCUUUAUGUAGUGUGCUUGUGUGUGUGUUUGUGUGUGAAUCAAAUGUUUGAAAUGCGAUUAUGAGAGAUGAUUAACUGAUCAAAAGCAAUUCUUUCACCAUUUAAAAGGGAACUCUAAUACUGUGUGUGUAUAUAUAUCUUCCUCUCUCUCUAUAUCUCUUCCAUAAUCGAUUUAUAAUUUGAGCUGACCUCUUGAAUAUGAUUGUCCUGUGUCUGCUCUUUGAGUGUUCACAGUUAAUUUUACUAUCCAGGUGUGUCCUUGAGGGAAAAAGCACAAAAUGGAAAUGCACUGGCUUUAUAAGCAUGGACCAUAUGAGAUUACAGAAGCUUACACAAUCAUAUGUUCUUGCGAACUCUCAUUUCUUCUGUUGUGCUGUUCUAUUCAAUCACUUUACAUUUGCAUUGUAAAAGGCAUUUGUUAAAGGGGACAAUACAGACUGCAUUACAUAGGAGAACAUACUGCAAUCUACACAUUAGGCAACGCUGCUACAUGAUCAUUUAUGAAUGUCUGUACUCUGCAGUAUUUGCACAGGGCUUCUUAUUGCACAUCUUAUUCUUAUGACCCAGGUUUUUGGAAAGCAAUCUAAAUUCUGUCCACAUGGUUUGUGUCAUAUCACAAGAAAUCUGUUCCUAACUGCUUUUGUGUUGUUUUUCUUUGGCUGAUUUAUCAAGCCAUUUGAAGCUGAUUACUUUGUUGAUUUGGAAGUUAAUGCAUAAUACAAACUGUGUAAUCUUCUUAACAGUUAGAGUAAGUGCAUGCAUAAUGCUGCCGUUGUUAUAUUAAACUCAUGUUACUAAUAUACCCCCUCAGCAGUAUCGAAGAGCUUUUACUUAAUUGUCCAUAGAGCAGUAUUUCCAGGGCAAAGGUUUACAUUUGUUUUGUUUCACGCUGAAGUUCUUUGAACAAAAUAAAUCAAAUUCAACUAUUGA